AUGGAAUUGAACAAGUUGACAAGUGAACUGAGUAAAGGUCAAGCCAUGUUAACCACAGCGCAAAAUGGAGGUCCAACUACAUAUGUUGCUAUCAACAAUAUGUUUCCUGCUUCACCUUCAUCAAUGCCGAAUACUCCAGGAACAAUUCUAUCUAUGCCAACAAAUAUGAUGCCGUCAACACAAUCUAUGAAUAAUACAACACCAUUUUUAUUGUCAUCUAAUAGCUUUUCUACAAAUCCAACAAAUCUAACGUGUACAGUCCCACUGUCAAGUCCACCACAACUUCAAGGUCCUAUGCUACCAUUUUUUGCUCCAACCUCCGGUAACCUAUUGUCUUCCAGUUCAUCAAAUCUAUCAUCAUCUGUACCAUCACCAUACGGUACACCAAUGUCUCAUUUUCUUCCUGCGGGACAAAGUAAUAAUUCACUGUCAACAUUCUCCUCAACUGUAUCUUCAUCAGGAAAUGUAUCUACAGUGCCUGUAUCUUUAUAUCCUUCAGUGUCAUCAAAUCUGUUGUCUUCUUCUCAACCAAUGGUAUUGCCUACUCUACCUGUUGCAUUUAGUAAUCAUCAUCAUCAACAAGCUCAGACGAAUUCAGUUGGUGUUCUACCCAUCUCUUUGAGUAUACCUCAAUCGCUUUCGUCAUCAUCAACAGCAUCAUCUUCGUCAUCAUCAUCUAAUCAUCAAGUAACGGAGACAACAACCAAUUCCUACUUAGUAUCAUCGUCAAAUUAUGCCACCACACCGUUAUACACUGCAACCCUAUAUCCUCUAAGCAAUUCUACUGCUAUCCUACCAAUGACAACAACAUUUUCUACACUAUCGACAAAUGCAAAUACCACUACGCCUUAUUCAGCGGCGAUAUCGACAUCAGCAUCAUCAUUACCACCGUCAUCAUCCUCUUCAUCAUCUGCAUCAACCACACCAAGUGUCAAUAAUGAUUGUCCACUGAUACCGGUGACAUCUUCUGCCUCUUCCUCUUCCUCUCCUUCGCCUUCUACUGUAGUGAAAUCCGAGAAACCAUUGUAUACAACCCUUCCAGCAUCAGGAAAAUUUACUAACAUCAGAAAUAUACAAGCCUUAGAAGCGGUUGAUUUCCAUCGUGAUGCUAUAUUGGAUGCUAUUGAUAAAUUACGUGAAAGAAAAGCACGACCUGACUUUGAGCGUAUAUCAUGCCUGUUGAAACGACAUCAAAAUAUUGGCUAUGAACAAACCCAAUUUUGUCUUCAACGAUUAGCUGAUGCUGGUGCAGUGGUAUGCGUUGAUUACAAGGGGAAUUUGAGUUAUAGAAAUCCAUCGAAAUGGCGUAAAACCGCGGCUAUAUCAGGUAUAGGGAAUACAAAUUUACCAAGUGUCACUAGUAAGCUGAUUGAAGCGAUGCGUCUUCUUAUAGAGAGUAGUAAUAAUUUGUUGAAUCCAUCUACUGCUACUACUACUACUACAGGGAAACCAUGCAAUAAUUUAAUCCCAUAUUGUCGACCAGGACCAAAUGGUGGUUAUAGUUUAUUUCAAGUUGAAAGAGCUUUACUUUUUCUCAAUAAUAACAAUUACAAUCCAUCAUCAUCCUCAUCCCCACCACCACAACCGCCAUCAUCGUCGUCGCCGUCGCCGUUGUCAUCAUCACCAGAGUUAACUGGAGCAACACUACGUGUAUGCCUUGAUCGUGAAGCUACACACGGAAAAUUGGCUAAAACAAUCGAUGGACGUUAUAUUCUCGAUGAGACAGGUGAACGUAAACGAUUGUAUCGUAAGGCGAAUACCCUACAUCCAUCUCAGAUGUCAAAUAAAAAAUUGUUACCACCUAAUACUGCCUCGAGUGCAUAUUUAACAUCGAGUGGAUGUAAAUUAUCGAAAACAAAUUCAAUGAAUGAUCGGAAUUCUUCUGGGAAUACUACUACUUCUACUUCUACUAGUACUACUACGACUACUACUCCUAGUGGUACUACUGUUACUAUUGCCGCUGCUACUCCUACUCCUCCUCCUCCACCUCCUGUUGUUAUUGCUGCAACACCGACACGAUUACAUCCGUUAGCAGCUAAACAAACGCCUACACCUACUAUUAUGCCUAAUGGUAAACCACCAAUCGGCAUGCCGAUUACAUCAAAUUUCACAAUGCCUCCGUUAACUACUACUGGUGGUCGACGUGGUCGUCCACCGGGUUCUAAAGCUAAAAAAGCCUUGAAUGAUGUCAAUUCAUCUGGAAAAAGACUAAAAGUUGAAAUUCCUUUGAGCACAUAUGGAAAUACACUCAUCAAUAUUGGUACCAAUGGGACUAAUAGCAAUGGUAGUGUUGAUACCACCGGUGUUGUUUUGAAUACAUCCUCUUCCACCUCGUCCUCGGCAUCCUCUUCGUUAUUUAUUCCCAAUACAAAUCCGAGUAAUCUAAUUUCAACAUCAUGUUACACUUCAAACAAUCUCAAUGAUCUAUCGUUUUCUUCAUCAAUCCCCAUUCUACCAUCUAGUUCUUUUAUCACUGUGAUUGCAUCUAACAAUAAUACCAAUAAUUGUUCUAAUCAUCUCCUACCUGGUGGAACUAUUCUACCAACUCAUUUUUCUACAACUUCAAGUAUACCCAUUGAUUCAUCUCUGAUGACAGGCAUCUCAUCACCAUUUCUAUCAUUUCCAUUAUCUCAGGGUUUAGCAAUACCAACCAUAUUUUCUAGUACACCAAAUAUAUCAAAUGAUCUUACAAUUACUACUACUAAUACUAAUACUAAUGCUACGACUACUACUGUGACUGCUCCACAAUUAUUAAAUCCACCUAUAAAAUCGAAUGGUCUAUCCACGCCUGAUUCAUCAUUCAUAUCAGAUGUAGAUUCAUGUGCUGGUAGUGGAACGACAGAUAAACAAGACGAGAAAGAUAAUCCUGUCUGUUGUUGUUGUAAUGGUUUGGCAACAUGUGAAGAAGCUUUUCUCACCUGUAAAGAUUGUGGCCUUCAUGCUCAUCCAACUUGUUUAGAUUAUUGGCCAGAAUUAACAGAACGAGCUCGUCAAUCACCAUGGCAAUGUGCAGAUUGUAAAACAUGUACAGUCUGUAGUAAUAGUAAUAAUGAUAAGUAUAAUAAUGAUUUAAUUAUCUGUGAUGCAUGCGAUAAAGGAUUUCAUAUUGAAUGUCAUCAACCAAAAUUAGAAGAACCAAUAGAUCGUAGUCUUCCAUGGGUUUGUACAAAUUGUCAAAAUGAAGGUUAUCGUGUAGCUAUUGGUACAUUACCAAAUGAAAUAAACAGCCAAUCUAAUAUGAAUGGUAAUAAUAAUAAUAAUGAUAAUAAAAUGAAUAAUUCUGAAGAUUAUAUAAAAAGUCCAUUAAAAGAAAUUAAUUCAUCAUCGCAUGAUUUAUCAAUGAAAAUUGAUUCAAAAGUAGAAUCUAAUGAAUCUAAAGCAGAACAACAACAACAAGAAGUAGAAGCAGAAGAAGAAAGCCAAUUGAAAUCAAGCACCAUUUCAUCUUCUCCUCUACUGCCAAUAAACACUUCCAAUAGUAUUUCUAAUGAAAAUAUUCCAUUAAAGAAUAUGAAUUCAAAUAAUCAUUCAUUUAUCUUAUCACCAGGUGGUAAUAAGUCAAAGUCGUCUACACCAUCUAAACUUGACAACAAUUUAAACAAUAACAAUAACAGCAACAACAACAGCAGCAUUAACACUGAUAAUAAUGAUGUUUGUCAAGUAGAAAAAAAUAUUGAUGAAAGUAUCACAGAACAAAUGAAUCCUAUAAAUUCACCAAAUAAUAACAAAUCUGGUAAAUCCUUAAGUCAGGAAAUCACAGAAAAUGGUAGGAAAACACCAACUUCAACGCUGAAUUCCAGCUUUGAUUAUCAAUGUAAAGCACAUACCGAAAAUAAGGAUAACAAUACUAAUCAUAUUAUUAAUAAUAACAAUUGUUGUAAUAGUAAUAAUAAUAAUAAUAAUAAUAAUAAUAAUAAUAAUAAUAAUAAUAAUGAAUUGAAAAAUCAACUGGAAAUGAAGAAUGACUUGACUACUCCUGACAAUAAUCAUAAUAAUAAUAAUAGUAAUCAUGAAUCGUCAUUAUCAUCAUCAUCUUCAUUAUCAAGUCGUCCAAUAGAUGUAAAUGCAUGGACAGUGGAACAUGUUCAACAAUGGUUAUUAGACGAGGGCUUUCCACGUGAAGCUGAAGCAUUCUAUCAACAAGAAAUUGAUGGUACUUGUCUACUACUUAUGAAACGUAUGGAUGUACUCACUGAACUUGGUAUUAAAUUAGGUCCAGCUGUUAAAAUUUAUGAACGGAUAAAACGUUUUCAAUCACAAUGUGGUUCACCAUCAUGAGCGAGAUGAAAAA